AUGCUUCUUCAUGCCCUGCAGGGCUUUGUCAUAUUUCUGGGCUGGACUCUUACAAUCGCCGUGCUCACACAAGAUGGUCCAACAGAUGGUCGAACGGCAUACUAUUUUGCGCUGUGUUGGCUCACUGUUCCCGCCCUCAUCUACCUGGCCGCAGUGCCUUUAUGGCCACGAACCCAAAGAUUUGGUAAUGCGUACGCUUUCGCAGUGAUUGAUGUGCUCUUCGGUAUCCUCUGGUUUGCCUCAUGGGUGGCUGUUGCAUCAUAUGUGGCGGCAGGCAAAGUUGCUGGCAAGGAUGAUGACAAUGAUAAAGAUAAGAAGGGUAAGAGCGGCUGCGGAGCGUUCAAAUUCGGUACCCCUGCAAAAUGCAAUAUAAGCACAGGAACUGUCAUCUUGGGCGUGAUAAUCUGCCUCCUUUUUAUCGUUACUUCGUACAUGUCCAUUCGCAACCUCUCAGCAUACCGCCGCAGUGGUUCAAUGCUUUACGAAGGCGCUUCCGACCCGUCCUUCGCUGCUCACUCUAAAGCUGCCUUCUCCUCAAACCCAGCCCACGACUUCGAUUAUGAAGAUGACCGGGACGCUGAAUUCCGCUCCGGCCAGCGGUCUACAGAAGGCGUGAGCGUCAUCGGCGGUCCCUCCUCAUCUCUUGGAUACCGCCGCGACCAAGACGACGAGUAUACGCUGCUGCACAACGAGGCGGACGAUUUGGGAGGAAUGCCACAUGAAACCCCUGCACCACCGUCCAUGUACGAUGCCACGAGAGGCAAUGAUAACAGUAAUGCUCUAAAUAACACGCCGUUGACAAACGCCGGCGAUGCUAAUGCUAGCUAUUUACAUGAUUAUGACACUAGCUAUGGUGGCGCGUAUGCGGCCGGGGGCCGGUCGCAGGCAUCAGGGAGUUUCCAUGAUCAGUAUACGAACCGAUAG